UAAUUCUGUGUUGCAGUGACGAUGCGCUCGUGUCCGCUAGAAGGCGCCGCGGCCGAGCACGCGUGUGAUCCGCACUGACACUCGUCACCGCGUUUACGGUUUCACCGCGUGACUUUCGGUCUGUCAACGGACGCCGCCUGUAGCUCAAGCAAAGCCGUUCGUGUGCGACACACAACCCGUGAAACCCGCAGCCGGAAGUGACGGAACACGUGUACUGUCCGUGAUGUCAGAGUUCGGAGAGUGACGCGAGUGCGUGAUGACGUCGCGCGGUGAAGCGGAGAUGAUAAACGAGAUGACAGACAGCAGGAGGGAGAGACAGAUGUGAGAGGAGCGGACGCGUUGAUGAAACAAACCCUCGGCCGGAUCGCGCUGAAAUCGUCGGGUCGCCGCGGGAGGAGGAUGCUGAUGACCCGCCGGGUGUGUGAUGGAUGAGCGCGGAGGUCUCGUUAUUAUUCAGCAUCGUUGUGCGUCCCUAUCUGGAGCUCCGGCGAUGGCUGCAUGUGUGUGUUAGUCUGGAGGAUCAUCUGCUCGGAUUUUACUCGUCUUCUCCUUCUUCAUCAUGAACAGCGGCGUUCAGCAUCCGAGCGCAGCGACUCGCAUCGUGUCGGACUGAAUCGCAUUCGCCAGAUUCGGCAGCGUCAACGCGACAGUAUUAGCGGAGCAGAUCUGUGAGGCAGCAAAAUGGGAACAUCAUGGUGUUCGGAACACUGUGCUGUGGACCCUCAAGUCCUGGAGGAGUUUGUGAGGCUGCUUUCGGUGUCUAAGAGCAGCCCAUCUUCAGCACCAGAGCGCACGUCUUCCAGAUCGACCCCAACACCAAAAAGAACUGGGUUCCCACCAGCAAACACGCCGUCACUGUGUCCUACUUCUACGACAGCACGCGCAACGUCUACCGCAUCAUCAGCCUCGACGGGUCAAAGGCCAUCAUCAACAGCACCAUCACCCCGAACAUGACCUUCACCAAAACCUCACACAAGUUCGGCCAGUGGGCGGACAGUCGGGCCAACACCGUCUACGGCCUGGGCUUCUCCUCCGAGGCUCAUCUGAGCAAAUUUGCUGACAAGUUUGCAGAGUUCAAAGAAGCGGCGCGGUUAGCGAAAGAGAAAUCUCAGGAGAAGAUGGAGUUAACCAGCACUCCCUCACAGGAAUCAGCGACGGGUGAUCUUCAGUCUCCUGUGACUCCGGAGAGCAUCAACGGGACGGACGAGAGAGUGACGCCCGACGCCGCGUUCAACGCCGAAAGCCGCGUGGAGAUCAACGCCGUACCGUUCCCUCACAGCUCCACGUCCAUCACCAAACACUGGGAGGCGGAGCUGGCGGCUCUGAAGGGGAAUAACGCUAAGCUGACGGCGGCGCUGCUGGAGUCCACGGCUAACGUCAAGCAGUGGAAGCAGCAGCUGGCGGCGUAUCAGGAGGAGGCCGAGCGGCUGCACAAACGGGUGACGGAGCUGGAGUGCGUGAGCGGACAAACCGCCGGCGUCAAAACGCAGAAAACAGAGCUGAACCAGACCAUCGAGGAGCUGGAGGCCGAGCUGAAGGCCAAAGAGGAGGAACUGGAGAAGCUGAAAGAGGAAGUGGAGAAAGCCAACCAGCUGCAAACACAGAAAGAUUCGAUCACUCAGAAACUACAGGAGACGGAGCUGAGGAACGCGGAGCUGGAGUCGCAGCUGGCGGAUCUGGAGCAGCGUCUGGAGAACAGCCAGCUGGAGAGCGAGAGCUUCAGGAAGAGCCUGCGCUCGCUGCUGGAGCUGCUGGACGGCAAGAUCUUCGAGCUGACCGAACUACGAGACAGUCUGGCCAAACUCAUGGAGGGCGACAGCAGCUAGAGACGCACGACACGACACGACUCGCACACGCGAACACGAACACGGCCCGCGGACGCACCUGUGAGUUUACCCACACACGGACACACGACUAUUGCCUUUCACCGCUCUCCGAUUCGACACGCAAACACUUCACCGUGGCGCGUUUUAUACUGAUUUCCUCUCGCCUCCGAUCCACGACGCACAGACUGAGACGUGUGAUCCCGACACGGAAAACCUCGCUGCGCUUUCUUGACCUGCGUAGGUUUUCUGUAAGGGCGGAACGAACUGAAGAUCCGCUCCGCGUGACGUCUGCUACUCUUCCACUCUUGAACUUCCACUGAAAUCUGAGCAAUACGAGAGAGAAACGGACGUUCGGUCGCACUAUCAGGUAUUUUACGACUCGCGCACGCUCUGCGAGGACACUUGGAGUCUGCGUUGGGUCUGAAAGCGUCUUUCCUUUCUAAACACUUUUUAACGACAAACACGAGGGUUUGGGUGCACCUGUGUGACGGGAUGGAGGUGAAUCAUCUUGUUCUUGGGGUUUUUUGUUUUUGCUCGUUAUGAAGAGCAGCGGUUUACUUCCUACUGUAUGAUUUCUGGUUAUUUAUUGUAAAAAAGAUAUCUAUCUAUAUAUUCUAAUCACAGUGGCUGCAUUAAGUAGUUAUUUGAAGUAUAAACAUGUUUGUUUUCACUUCUCUUGUUUUUUUAUUAUUAUUUGCAGUGUGGAAAUAUGGUUGUUUUUUAAUGUGGAGAUAAACUGGCAAUAUUUUUGAACUCUUCAAGUAUUUAAAAGGGAAACGACGUCAUCAAAUAUCAGUUGAUUUUGCAGAGAGAGUGUUUUUCUUUGCCAAAUCUGUUCUCUCGUACAGAUGACGUUGCCUUCGGUACUGAGAUGCAUCAACGGUAGCGAUUCAUGUCCUUCUGAUUGCCAAACCAGUGAUCACGCGCUUCUGAAGAACUUCAAGGGCUCGCAGCAGUUAGAUGUGGUAGUUUUUGGCAUACUGGACGGCUUUUAUUAUUAUUAUUAUUAUUAUUAUUAUUAUUAUCAUGUUUGAUUUAUGAGCUGAUGUGACACUUUGAGGCUCAGAGACCUUUGAAUAAUAACUGAGAAUAUUGAAUAUAAACACACCUAAACACAAUUGUAAUUCUGAGUUUAUAGUAAAAUUAAAGAGGAAAAGUUGUCAACAGUGUUGUUUUUCUCUUUGUGAGUGUUUGAGCUCAGAACAGAUGUUUGUAAAAUCAUAUUUCACCCCAAAACACAAGAAAAACAGCGAAUGAUAUUCUGAAUAAAGAUGAAGAGCUUCAGGAUGGUUUUUCAUGUUUUAUGACACAUUCUCUCAUCAUGACUGAUGUGAAAUAUCUGUACUGUAAAUGUCAGUGUUCCUGUAUCUGGACGUCUUCAUGAUUCUGAAACAGGCCUCAGUAUAUUUAUUUAGUUCGUUUGGGGUGAAAUAUGAGCUGACAUGAUCAUGAGAUCUUUUGGUGUUUCAGUGAAACUUUUCCUCAAAUCAUCAUGUGUCUUCAGAAGAUGUGGAUAAUGAGCUCGAAUCACACGGACGACUGUCAUGAAGCUGUUGCGGUGAGAUGAUGUUUUUGUCUCCUGGAUCUUGACCAUCUCUGUCUCUGUCUGUAGAAGAGCAGCUUAAACAUUCAUCUGAACAUCUGCUUUUGUGUUCAACAGAAUGAAGAAAGUCACACAGAACCACAUAAG